AUGAGUGGAUCCGGUAAAGGACUUCUAGGGGUGUGGCUGUACAGACGUGGGGAACACUGGGCCAUCAAGGAAGGCAGUCCCAUUCAUAAAUCGAGCGACAUCCCAAUGGUCGAGCGGAGACCGAACAACGAUACCAAAAGUUCCGUCGUUUUUUCGUUAAAAAAUCAAGUCGGUGGCUUGGCGCGAGCCCUUCAAGUCUUUCAGGAUCUGGGUGUAAAUGUUAUUCACAUCGAGUCCCGGAAAUCGUUACGUCGCGGCUCGGAAUUUGAAAUUCUUGUCGAUGUUGAGUGCGAUUCAAUAAGGAUGGAACAGUUAACGAGAAUGUUAAGUCGCGAAGUAGCUGCCAUUAAUUUGGCCCAGUAUGAAGAGAUGGGAAGUAUUCCGCAUGCACCAUCGCUAUCCGCCGCUCAAAGUUUCGAUUUCAGUGAGGUAGAUAUGCCUUGGUUCCCACGGAAAAUAUCGGAUCUAGAUCAGGCUCAGAAGGUGCUCAUGUACGGAUCUGAAUUAGACGCAGACCAUCCCGGCUUCAAAGAUCCGGUAUAUCGCAAACGUCGCGAACAAUUCGCCGAUAUUGCGAACAAUUAUAGAUAUGGCCAACCGAUUCCUCGCAUUGAAUACACGCCAGAGGAAAUCAAAACAUGGGGUACAGUUUUCCGUGAAUUGCACCAGCUUUAUCAGAAACACGCUUGCAAAGAAUAUCUGGAAAAUUGGCCAAAGCUGGAGAAAUAUUGUGGUUAUAGACAGGAUAACAUACCACAAUUACAAGAUGUUAACGCUUUUCUGAAACGAACAACCGGAUUCCAACUUCGACCUGUGGCUGGCUAUCUCUCCCCAAGGGACUUUUUAGCGGGACUUGCUUUCCGUGUAUUCCAUUGCACGCAAUACAUUCGACACUCGUCUGAUCCGUUUUACACACCCGAGCCGGACUGCUGUCACGAACUGUUAGGACACAUGCCGCUCUUGGCGAAUCCAAGUUUCGCUCAAUUUUCCCAAGAACUUGGACUCGCUUCCUUAGGUGCUUCGGACGAGGACAUCAAUAAAUUGGCAACACUGUACUUCUUCACUGUGGAGUUCGGUCUGUGCAAACAGGACGGCGUGCUUCGUGUUUACGGGGCUGGAUUGUUGUCGUCCGUUGCGGAACUGAAACACGCGAUCUCCGCCCCCGAGAAAACGUUUCGUUUCGAACCGGACAUCACCUGCAGACAGGAGUGUAUCAUCACCGCGUUCCAGAACGCGUAUUAUUACACGGACAGCUUCGAGGAGGCAAAAGAGAAAAUGCGGUCGUUUGCAGGCCAAAUAAAACGCCCAUUCGGAUUACGUUAUAAUCCCUAUACACAGUCUGUGGAAGUCCUUACGGAUGCUCAAAAGAUCACCGCAGUGGUCAGUGAACUCAGGGGCGAUCUUUGUAUCGUUUCGAACGCUUUGAGGAAAAUACACGAGCAGGAUAAUACGGUGGACGUUGAAAGAAUAACCAGCCUCUUAACUCGCGGUAUUGAUUUACCUCAAGACACUUCAUCCUCCGACAGCGAUAUCGAUAAAAGUCCUAACAUUGAGACGCCACAAAAAACCGUGCAGGAUCAAAACCCGGAAUAUGUGCCCAAUGGUAACACAAUCGCGACGCAAGAUUAA